CCAGCCCCACAGGCAGGAGUACUCAGAACACAGGCACAGUCAGCCAACCCUCCACUGGAGAGCCAGAGAGACUGAGACAGACGGACAAGCUCUCCUGCAUAACUCCAAUCAGACUGAGGAAUAAAUAUAUUUAAAUCAAAUCAAAGGGACAGCAUUACAUUUUUUUCUUUCUUUCUGGUGAGAAGGGGAGCUGGAAGCAGAGAGGUGCAGGAGAAAGGCUGCUGACUGGGUCCAGCUUAUUGAUCCCUUACCUUCAGCAAUGGAAAUGUCCUUGGAGAAAGCCACUUGUUGAGGUGGUCGUCCACACCUGGAUUGCCAAGGAAGCUUGUCUUUGUUUGGAGUGUGUGUGUGUGUGUGUGUGUGUACAAUCAUGUCAAAGAUUGGUUUCACUCACCUGCUGAAGGGGCUUUGGUUGCUGUGGCUUUGGGAAGUUGCCUUGGUGAUGGGAAGUAAAUUAUGGGAGGUGCCGACAGCACCCUUCACCUCUCCGGUCAACAACACAGCCAAAUUUCUGUGGGAGCCACAGUGCCAGGCUCAGCUGCGCCACCUGCAGGACGGAGCCAAAAUCACUGCACUCAUUCCACCAAAGCUUGAGGGUAGCUGGGUCUCCUCCAGGUGUGAGGUUCGACCCGGUCCGGAGUUCCUCACGCGCUCCUACACCUUCUACCCCAGCCGGCAGUUCAAGGCCCUGCAGUUUUACUACCGGGACGGCGGCUGCCGGGAGCCGGCCUACUCGCUGGUGAUCCGUGGCCGGCUGCGGCUGCGCCAGGCCUCCUGGGUCACGCGCGGCGCCACGGAGGCGGAGCACCACCUGCACAAGGUGGGCGUGGUCUUCCACAGGGUCGCCGCCGUGCGUCGGCUGGCCGCCCGCCUGCCGCCCGUCUGCCAGGGCCGGGCCGGGGCCGGGUGGGUGCCGGGCCGCCUGUACGAGCUGUACAGCUCCAGAGCCGGGGGCUCCAGCUGCCUGGAGGCGCUGGGGUUCUCCAUGAUGGAGCUGAGUCUGCUGAGGGUGGAGACCCAGCACCACCCCCACGGUGGGACGGUGCAGGAGCUCUUCCUGGGAGACGUGCACACCGACUGGAGCCAGAGAGCCCACUACCGCCCCACUGGGUACCAGCGCCCCCUACAGAGCUCUAUGCACCAUAUCCACCCCUGCCCGGUGUGUGCGCGGGUGUACCGGUCCUCAGAACAGCGCCCCCCGGUGUUGCCGGCGGUGCCUGCGGUGGGCCUCUCCCUGGGGGGGCGCUGGGCCAGUCAGGGCUGCGAGUCCCGGCCCGCCGUGCUCUUCCUCACCCGCCUCUUCAGCUUCGACGCGGCACGGCGGGCGUGGGAGGGGCUGUACCAGCACUACUCGGACCCGGCCUGCCGGCAGCCCACCUUCGCCGUGCGCGCGGCGGGGCAGUACGCCCUGGGGGGGCCCUCCCCCCGCGUCCCGGGGGCCGCCCAGCUGGUGUUCCGGGUGACGCGGGCGUGGGUGACGGCGCUGGACCGGCCCACGGCCCGGCUGCUGAACGCCUCGCGGGCCGGGCGCUGCGGGGGGGCGGGGCUCUGGGAGGUGGGGGCGGAGCAGGACGUCACGCCCACGGGCGGCUGCGCGGCGCUGGGGAUCCGGCUGCCGCACAAGGAGUACGAGCUGUUCCAGGCCGGGCUGGACCACCUGCAGCGCCCCCUGCUGUUCACCGGCCAGAGGCCCACCGACGGCUCCAGCCCCGACAGGCCCCACAAGCGCCCCACCUCCUUCCAGCCGCCGCUCGUCCAGUGCGCCGCGGAAACCCUGCCCCCGCAGCGGCACGGCCGGCGAGAAGGCCCCGCCUCCGCUGUUGCCGGGUUACGGCGGGAUUACGGCUCGGUUCUGGCGCCGCUGCUCAGCGGCUGGUUCGUCCUGGCAGUUCACUGACCCUGAGGCCUCCGCAGUACUGACCAUAGUGUGACUGACCCUGAGGCCUCCGCAGUACUGACCGUAGUGUGACUGACCCUGAGGCCUCCGCAGUACUGACCGUAGUGUGACUGACCCUGAGGCCUCCGCAGUACUGACUCUGUGACUGACCCUGAGGCCUCCGCAGUACUGACCAUAGUGUGACUGACCCUGAGGCCUCCGCAGUACUGACCGUAGUGUGACUGACCCUGAGGCCUCCGCAGUACUGACUCUGUGACUGACCCUGAGGCCUCCGCAGUACUGACUGUAGUGUGACUCUGUGACUGACACUGAGACCUCCCCAGUACUGACUGUAGUGUGACCCUGAGACCUCCGCAGUACUGACUGUAGUGUGACCCUGAGGCCUCCCCAGUACUAACUGUAGUGUGACGCUGAGGCCUCCCCAGUACUGACUGUAGUGUGACUCUGAGACUGACCCUGAGACCUCUGCAGUACUGACUGUAGUGUGACUUUGUGCCUGACGCAGUACGGACUGUAGUGUGACGCUGAGACCUCCGCAGUACUGACUGUAGUGUGACUCUGUGACUGACGCAGUACUGACUGUAGUGUGACUCUGUGACUGACGCAGUACUGACUGUAGUGUGACUCUGUGACUGACGCAGUACUGACUGUAGUGUGACUCUGUGACUGACGCAGUACUGACUGUAGUGUGACUCUGUGACUGACGCAGUACAGACUGUAGUGUGACUCUGUGACUGUCCUUCAUCCAGCACUGGAACAAUCACUGCACCAGCGGCUGCCAGUCAGCCAGACAGGGACGGGAAUAAACACUCUUAUAUGUCCUUUUCUUUAAAUAGUAUCAAAUACCUCCAGAUGUAUCUAUAAGCUUACCCCAAAAGGCGAAGUUGGGCCAGAGCUAUAAACCAUACAAACAAAUAGGCAAACAAACUUCAUUAAAUAUGAAAUGUGUACAUGCAACCAGACCUUUAAAAUGCAUGCAUUGGGAAUGAUGUCCAUCACUGUCAGGCGAGAUGUGGUCAUGUUUUUAAUAGAGAAAAAUACAUCCAGCUCCAUUAAAGGGGGGCCUAUGCUAAGAAAGAUUGCUCAUUUUCACAUUGCGUCCAGAAAUUAAUAGGCAGUCUCCUUUCUUUUUUUAGAAAUCGGAAAGAAUGGAACCUAUCUAUUCUUUUUGGAAAGUUUUUUUUUCCUCCACAGCUGACAGUGCCCCCUGCAAUGUUAUUUCGGACAGAAAUAAUUUUGUCUUUUUGAUAAAUAAUAAUCAUAAAUGAUCAGCAUAUAGUCUGUCUGGCUGAGGAAUGUACAGCAGACCAGAAGAGGUUAUUUUUAUUGAAUAUGAAAUUAAACAACACGUGUUAUUGGAAAUAGAAAUUGACUUUAUUAUUUUCUUACCAAGUGUUCAAAACCAUAAUUUAUACAUACACUAUCAGUAGUAUUGUCCACCUCUCUCUCUGUACUGUAUAUAUGUAUGUUACUUAAUCAUUAUUCUCGAUGUGAUGCGCUCAGAGGAAAUGGUCGUGACUAUGAGGCAUUUAUGUUUUUCACACUGAUCACAAAUGUACCAGGUUUUCAAGCUACAGAGAGACACUGGUGUAAAUGCAACAGGAAGCAGCACAUCUGGACAGACGCAUUAGCACUGUUUGACGCACGCGUGACGGGCAUUCCAGAGGUACGGGGCGACGCGCCAAACCCAAGCUGCAAACUAAAGGACGCGGAGACGGAGAGGCCCAGCCAGAGGCGGGACUGGGGCUUCCGCAGGGAGCAGAAUCGUCUCGGCAUCGCACGCAGCGGACCCCCGACCCGGAGCUGCGUACCUGCAGCUGCGUACCUGGAGCUGUGUACCUGCAGCUGCGUACCUGCAGCUGCGUACCUGUUGAAAGUGCGGUGUUUGGGGACCAGCGAGCGCACGUCCCUGAGGAGCAAACAUAGGGGCUCUGCAGUGACACGACCAUCAGGUCUGGAGGACUGAGCCAAUGAGAGGGAACCACAGCAAUCCGCUCUUUCCCUUUGGCCAAAGAAAAGCACCGUUCUGCAACCCUCUUGUUUCCUUCAGAUUAUGCUCACGCCCGGCAGGGUCGUUCAUUGGCCACGCCCCCUACAUUUAGAGGAGGUAUUUAUAUUUGUAACAUAUAGCGGACGGGGGGCUGCAUCAGACUUUCGUUUCCUUGCAAAUGGUGGGACUCUUGAUUUCCUCCAGCGGCUCACCACAGUUAGAACUCAACCCUCUGUGCAGAGAAGGUAUAUACAAACAAUAUUUAUUGCCAUGAUUAAAGUCAUUUUAGUAUGGAAGAAGGGAUGAUUUUUAUUCUAAUUAAUAACCGGUUAAUUUUGCUCCAGUCUAUAUAAAUAUAUUACACAUGUCGAUAAACA